AUGGACGCGAUGACCAUGGAUGAAGAAUCAGAAGCUUCACGACGCGAUAUCGCUAAACGCGUGUCUCGAGCUUGCUUGCAUUGCAGACAGCGCAAGUCUCGAUGUGAUCUAGACUCCAACGGCAACCCAGGCAAACCACCAUGUCAACGCUGCGUACGCGAAAACCGCGAAUGCAUACUAGGUGGCUCAAAUCGUGGAGGUCGUCGAAUCCGAAAGAACAAAAUCAAGAACUUUACACCUGCCAAUCACUCGCCAAGCAAGGAUUCGGAAGCAUCAAGCCCAACCAACUCUGAAAACCAUAGAGUGCAAUCGGCAUCCUAUCCUGGGCCAGUAGUCUUCUUGCCACCUAACCCACCAGCACCAGCCUCGACAUCUGUCGAGGAAGAUGAUACAUCCAUAUCAUCUGUUCCGCGUAAUCCAUCAGACGCUUGGCAAUGCUUGACCGGCAUCGCCACAGAAGGCACGGGGACAACUCCCGUGCCCCGCAACGACCAUGUUCGGUCGGAACCGACGCCAUUCCCAGUGUACAACAGCCUGCGCAACGGCGUUGUCCCAGACUUCAGCAGCCCAACCACUGGCAUCAAAUCAUAUAGAAUCGUUCAAUCGUGCGCUUUAGACCCAGAAACGGUAUGGCAACUGAUCUCCCGCUAUGCGGAGAACUUCCAUCAAUAUCUUCCCCUCGUGCCGCGGAAGUAUUUUACGCGCACCGCCCUAGACAUCUUCGCCACGAAUGAGAAGCACUUGCUCACGGCGGUCUUGACAAUCGCCUCCAAGGACUUGGUUGACCAGCCCGAGAUCCACGAGUACUGCUCGAAAUACAUGCAUGAGCUGAUUUCUGGCAUUGCCGCGGGCGCGGAGUGUGAUGUUGAAGCGGUCGAAGCGCUUUUAUUACUUGCCGAGUGGGAGCCGCAGGGAUUGCGGCCUCGGAUUGAGCGCGUUGGGCGCGGAGAAGAAGACCGCGCAGCGUGGAUGCAUGUCGGGCUUGCGUUACGCUCGGGGUAUUUCAUUGGCAUGGAUCGCACUUCUUUCCGUGGGGAUCCUUAUGGUGAUCAAGAGAGUGAGGCUCGUCGCCGGCUGGCAUGGGCGAGCUGUUAUGUCUCAGAUCGAUUGAUUUCUGUGCGCAUUGGACGUGCUUUCUGGUCUCGUGGGCCGGGGCCCAUGACUGGUCUUGUCAGCCAGGAUUUUCCGUCGCUACAGCCGGUUAAUGAGGGCGAGGAGGACUACGCGAAGAUCUUUCAGGCUAUGCUAGAUCUUACGCAGCUGUACGGGAAUGUUCAUGAGGUUUUGUAUUCGGGGAUGCGUACUAGUAACCAGAUGAUGCUGAUGGGUGACUACGUUAAAUAUGUGGAUGACUUCCGUCUGGCGAUUCUGCGAUGGAAGUCACUUUGGGGGUCGUUGGACUGCUCACCACCUAUGCGAGCAACACUGCAGUUGUCAUACGAGUACUUGCGUCUGUAUACAACUGCUUUCGCGUUCCAAGCUGCGAUCUCACAGUCGCUAGCCAAACCGAAAACCGACCUACAAGGCCAGCGAGAGCAUCUACGAUCGACAUUCAAGAAUGUCGCUUCGAUGCAAGAUUCGCGGUUUAUUUAUGAAUCUGUUGAUGCGGCCAAGUCAUACUUGACAAUCCUUGUGGAUCUAGUCGAUCCUGAGAAGCAUCUCCAUUUCAUGCCUCUCCGCUUCUACUUGUAUGGCAUCUACUCUGCCGUUUUCCUCUACAAGGCUCGUUCCUUCGGGAUGAUGGUCCCGUCAGAAGAAGCAAAAGUCCAAGGCCUUGUCGGUAGAACCACCGAAGUACUCAAACAAGCAAGUGCCGGUGCCGACGACGUUGGGGCGCGAUACGCUCGCCUUCUAGAACUUCUGUGGAAGCCCAAAUCGACCUCAUCUGCAGAGACACAGCAAAACAGUGACUUCUCACUGCAAACAGCUCUCUCGAACCCAAACCCGGUCGCAGACCCGGGAUACAUGCAGUUCAGCCCUGCCAAUGACUUCUCCUGGCUAGAUUUAGAGGCCGUGGGCGAUUAUGUAUCUGGGGACCAGAUUUCAAAUGGCUUGCUGGGAUUAGAUGCGUUCCAGAAUGGAUCCGAUAUGUACCAAUCUGGAGAGCCACGGUCGCAGUCCUGGCAGCCAUCUGCUUGGAUGGGAGAUAUGAGCAGCAACCUUCUCUUUUAA